UCGGCAGUGAUCGCCGCGGGGAACGGACGUUUGGAAUAGUCAUCAGAAUUAAGAAAAGUGCAAGUGCAAGUACAACCAGAAAAAAAAACACUUAGUAUGCGGUUAUUACAAAUUUUGCUGUGCUGCGGCUUACUCGCGACGCUUUGCGAAUGCCAAGGAUUAUCCGUUAUCGGUCCGAAAUUUAUACGACCGAACAGUGUAUAUAACAUAGCGUUUAGUAAUGCACUGUCGACUAAUAUCCAGUUGAGAUUAGAAUUGGAAGGCUCCAGCGAAGAUAUUACCGUAUUCAAUGCAACGAAUCAAAUAAAACUUGAACGGAAAACCGGAAGAUAUGUGGGAUUUCAGGUUGGUGCCAUUCCAGAUGGUAUAUAUAGAUUAUCGAUACAAAGUCUUCAGCCUAGUUUUGGUUUUAGUGAAAGUAUUGAGUUACUGUAUGAUGGAAAAACCUCGUCCCUAUUCAUUCAAACCGAUAAGCCGGUCUACAAACCGGGAGAUGUUCUUAGGUUUAGGGUAAUUGCGAUAGAUGCCGAUACGCGGCCAGUAACCGAUUACAAAACUGUGGAUAUUGAGCUCACUGACAAGGAUGAGAAUUCAAUUAGACACUGGAAGUAUGCUAGACUGAACAAUGGAAUCUUUGAGUCAGCCGUACAGUUGGCAUCUUCUCCGGUUUUAGGAAAUUGGAAUUUAGCUGUGAGAGCUGCAAAUAUGACUGUGGUGAAACAGAUAGAAGUGCGAGAGUAUGUAUUACCGAAAUUUUUUGUUAAGGCAUAUCCUUCAGAAAUUUUGCUGAUUGAGAAUAAAAAAGUUAGCGUGACCGUAGAAGCUAAAUAUACGUUUGGUGAUCCUGUCGACGGAACAGCUCGGGUCGAUUUAUACUUUGAAGGAGACGAAAUGUUAAAACCUGAUAUGUCCAUAACGCAACAUAUUUCCGGAGUGACCACAGUAAGUUUUGCUCUUGGUAAUGCGCUGGAAGUUGAAAUGGAUGCGGUUCAAAAGAAUGUUUAUCUUAAGGUUGAAGUGAAGGAGACAUUCACAAAUCGCACGGUGAGCAUCGUGGAAGAAAUUCCGGUAUAUGAAUAUCCAUAUAGAUUUUCACUGAUAAAAUCUCUGCCAAGAUUCCGACCUGGCCUGCCUUUUUCCUUGGAUUUAUCUAUAACAGAUCAUAAUGGUGAACAUGCGCCCGAAGAAACUAACGCCGAAAUACAAAUUAACUAUGAGGGAGAAGGAUUAGAGAACGAAGUUUCAACACAGGGUACUAUCCACAAAGGUCUAGUUUCAUUUGUUAUAGAACCGCCGGAGAGUGCUGAUAGGGUAGAAAUCAAGGUGAAGUACCACACCAAUAAUUAUGUGUUAGUCGAUUCCAUUGACGGUGCUCAAUCAAAAAGUAGACAAUACUUGCAGAUUGCGUUGAAAGCUAAACAGAAAAUUCGUGCUAAUACUUUGGCUACUUUUGAAAUCAGCUGCACGGAAAGCUUGAGCUAUUUUUCUUACACGGUUAUAUCAAGAGGCAACGUGGUCGUUUCUGGACAUGAACUAGUUCGAAAUAGGAAAAGAACUGAUUUUAGACUUAAAUUGACUUCUCAGAUGGCACCUAAGGCGCGCAUUAUUGUUUCCUAUAUGAAAAAAUUCUUGAUUUACGACGAUCUUGAGUUGAACUUCGAAACGUUCAAUAAUGAUUUUUCAUUCACCCUGGAUACUGAACAGUAUAUACCCGGUCAAAAUUUCUACGUGGAUGUCAAAGGCGCUAAAGAUUCUUACAUUGCUUUUGCAGCGAUUGAUCAAAGUGCACUCCUGUUGGGGCGUUCUGGACACGAUAUUACCGAAAAGGAUGUACUAAAUGAAUUAGCUCUAUAUGGUAGUACGGAACCCAAUGAAUUCGAUCCAUUCAAUACGAUGGGAUUGUUUUUAAGAACUACUGCUGAGCUAGAUAUCCCUUAUCCUAGAAAUCAAUUUAAUCGUAUCAGUGGAACUGCUAUAAUAAGGAAACAUGUUCAGAAAGCCAUACACAUUAGAACAGAAUUUCCGGAAGCUUGGCUUUGGAAGAAUUACACCAUGGACGGCAGGCACGAUAGGUUUAGUUUCAACGAUACUGUUCCUGAUACCAUAACUUCGUGGACAGUUUCGGGAUUUGCGCUCAGUCCAACACUAGGAUUAGGGAUCAUCAAACAACCACAAACGUUCGUGGUUAAACAGCCGUUUUAUAUUGUCCUGAACUUGCCUUACUCCAUUAAGCGCGACGAAGUGACCUUGAUUCAGGUGACAAUUUUCAACUUUUUAGGAAACUCGCUUACCACAGAUGUGACGCUGUUCAACAAGAACGAGGAAAUCGAGUUUGUCGAAAAAGCUUCUAAUGACACGACCAGUCGAUCUAAAGCUGUACUAGUGCCGACCUCAACGGGAAAGCCCAUUUCGUUUAUGAUAAAAGCUAAAAAGCUUGGCGAAAUAGCAAUCAAAGUUGAGGCAAUAAAUUUACUAGCUUCCGAUGCAGCCGAGCACAUGUUGCGAGUAACCCCGGAAAGUAGGCGUUACGAAAAAAAUGAGGCCAGAUUUAUCGAACGGGACGAUCGUGGUUUAAGCAAUUUUCCCAUUUCGAUCAAUAUUCCGAAAGAUAUCGAUGAGGGUUCGGCUAAAAUUAAAUUCACAUUAGAUGCUGAUUUGUUCGGUACUACUAUCAGUAAUUUGGAGUCACUGAUUCGACAACCAUCCGGAUGCGGCGAACAAAACAUGGUGAAUUUCGUCCCAAAUAUUGUUGUUUUAGAUUAUCUCUCUGAAACUGGCAAAGUAGCGGAAGAAGUUCGCACUAAAGCGAUAAAUUUCUUACAAAGCGGAUAUCAAAAUCAAUUGAAGUACAAAAGAGCGGAUGGUUCCUUCAGUGUUUGGGGAGGUUCUGAUUCUAAAGGUAGUACCUUCCUCACUGCGUUCGUAGCAAAGUCAUUCAAAAUUGCUGACAAAUACAUGGCAGUGGACAAAAAAAUAGUUGAAGAUGCAUUCCAUUGGCUGGCAGGUAUUCAAACUCCGGAAGGCAGAUUUGAUGAGGUUGGUCGCGUCAUACACGCAGACAUGCAGGGAGGGCUGCGCUCGACCAACUAUGCUCUUACAGCUUAUGUCUUGAUUGCUUUUUUGGAAAAUCAGGAUAUUGCCAAUACGCACCAACGAGUUGUUUCAAAUUCGAUAAGGUAUUUGGAAAGCAAUUUGUACAGCAUAACCGAUGCAUAUGAUCUAGCAUUGGUAUCGUACGCACUGACGCUUGGCAAUAGCCCCAAACGAAAGAACGCUUUGGAUAAACUAUUGGAAAUCUCCAUUUUCGACAAGGACUUUGUUGAACGGUAUUGGAAUCGACAUCCGGUUAAAGUUGAAAUUGCUGGAUAUGCAUUGCUAACAUUUGUGGCUAAUAAAAAUUAUCCUGAUGGUGCUUCUAUUAUGCGAUGGUUGAAUAGAAACCGCUUUGCGCUUGGUGGUUAUCCGGGGACCCAAGAUACGUUCGUUGGAUUAAAGGCGCUUACCAAAUUUGCAGCAAAAACAUCAGCCCACAGGAACGACUAUCGAGUAAAGAUACAUCAUCCACCCAAUAAAUUCCAUACUUUCGACAUCGAUAAGAAAAAAUCCAUGGUAAUUCAAGAAUUGGACUUACCGAACUAUAUUCGCAAUUUAGAUGUUAAAAUUGAGGGUAUCGGAAAUGGGUUUUUCCAAGUGGCGUAUGAGUAUUAUCAAAAUAUUCAACAAACGAAACCAAGUUUCAAACUGGAUGUGGAAAUGCUAAAUACAACGACGUAUCACGUGCAACAUCUGCAAAUAUGUGUUAAAUAUGUCCCAAAAGAAGCUUAUGUGAACUCAAAUAUGGCCUUAGUGGAAGUAUUUUUCCCUAGUGGGCUGGUUGCGGAGGAGGAUGCUGUGGAAGAUUUGUCUGGAGAAAUCCGAAAAACUGAACUUCGAUUUGCUGCUACCUCUAUUGUAAUAUACUACGAUUAUUUGGGACCAGAAACCAAUUGCUUCAAAGUGACGUCAUAUAGAAAAUACAAAGUUGCAAUGCAUCGGCCAGCGUAUGUUGUUGUGUAUGAUUAUUACGAUCAAGAUCGUUUCGCUAUUCAAUUAUACGAAGGAAAAGUGAUGCAGCUCUGCGAUAUUUGUGAGGAUGAAGACUGCCUUACCUUGUCUUGCUGAUAAAAAUGUUAAACACAGUCGAACAAAAUAUGACAGUUUCCGUUAGGAUUCAUUUCGAAAGUUGUACAUAUCUUUAACAAGAGUUCAAACAUACAUAUUAAGCUGAAAUAAUCAAAAA